AUGUCGGUCGUCGAUCUUGCUGGUGAUGUGGUGGCCCAGUGCUCGUCUACAGGAGACUGGGAGGGCCGGGCCGAGCCGAGGCAAGAGCCCUGCGCCCUCACCAUCGAGGGCCGCUCGGCCGCCGUCGAGACCGUCAAUCGCGAGAAGGCCUCCUUCGAUCCGGGCAGCGUCGGCUCGCCGCUCGCCGUUAUCGGCGUCGAGAUGCGCGCCAAGCCCUAUCACGACAGCCGUAAAGAUGGAGACGGCUGUCUCAGGCACUCGUCGGUGGCUACUUCAAGCGCGUAG